AUGCCUCGCCACUCUCGUUCUGGCCUUGAGAUGCCUAGACGCUCGUUCUUCGCCGUCUUUGCUUUGAUUUCGUUCGUGCUGCUCGUCACCGUCAGUCUCUCCCAGCUUGGAACUCGACAAGGUGCCACCCUCAAGUUUGAACGCAAUGCCGACGGAGAGUGGCAUGCCAAACCCAAGACGCGUGCUGCGGCGGGCGACAAGUACCUCCUCGGUGUUGGCAAGGCUGACAUCACUGGUCCCGUCGUCGAGAUUGGCUUUGCAGGGUACGCUGAUCUGAGCCAGGUCGGAACCGGCUUGAGACAGCGGAUCUACAGCCGUGCUUUCAUUGUCGGGGAUGUGAGCAAGCCGAGCGAUCGGUUCGUCUAUCUUGUGCUAGAUACCCAGAGUGGCGACACGGCCGUUCGCGAGGGCAUCCUCGAGGGCGUUGCAGCUCUUGGUUCGGGAUACUCCGUAUAUAACAAGAACAAUGUUGCCGUGACCGGGACUCAUAGCCACGCUGGCCCAGGAGCUUGGUUCAACUACCUCCUGCCGCAGGUCACUAGCUUGGGUUUUGAUAAGCAGAGCUACCAGGCUAUUGUUGACGGUGCAGUUCUCUCCAUCAAGAGGGCGCACGAGUCUCUACAAGAGGGAUACCUCGACGUCGGAACCACCGAAGUAACUGACGGCGCCAUCAACCGCAGUCUAUAUGCCUACCUCAACAACCCCGCGGCAGAGAGAGCCAAGUACAGCGCUACCACCGACACGACGCUGACGCUCCUCCGCUUCCAGCGCGCGUCUGAUGGCAAGAACAUGGGUGUACUCACCUGGUACCCAACCCACGGCACCUCGAUCCUCCAGAACAGCACACACGUAGCGGGCGACAAUAAGGGCGUCGCGGCGUACCUUCUUGAGAAAGACCUCGCGAGUGACGCGGGCGCUGCACCUGGCUUCGUAGCUGGCUUCAGCCAGGCGAAUGUGGGUGAUACCACGCCCAACGUACUCGGCGCCUACUGCGAUGACGGUUCCGGCCAGCAGUGUAGUCUGGAGAACAGCACCUGUGCCGACGGCAAGAGCCAGUCGUGCCAUGGUAGAGGCCCCGCGUUCCAAAAGUUGGAUCUGGGGAUUUCGAGUUGCUACGAGAUUGGACGUCGUCAAUAUGCCGGUGCCAAGUCUGUCUAUAAUGCCCUGGCUACAACUUCCACCCCUGUUACGGGCACCAGCGUCAAGUCCUUCCACUUCUUCCAAGACAUGUCAUACUACAAGUUUCCACUUGCAGAUGGCACCAUCGGCCAGACAUGCCCCGCCGCCCUCGGCUACUCCUUUGCCGCGGGAACUUCAGACGGCCCCGGCGCUUUUGACUUCACUCAGGCCGACUCUGGCACCCCCGAUGCCAACCCUCUCUGGGCAGUCGUCUCCGGUCUUCUCAGGACCCCCAGUGCAGAGCAGGCUGCUUGUCAACAGCCGAAGCCUGUGUUGCUGGACGUUGGUGAAAUGAGCACCCCGUAUGCUUGGAGCCCCAAUAUUGUAGACAUUCAGAUGCUGCGUGUUGGACAGCUGGUCAUUGUCGUUGCGCCUGGUGAGGCUACAACUAUGAGUGGGCGGAGAUGGAAGGCUGCUGUCAAGGAGGCUGCAAAGAGUAUUCUUCCUAAUGAUCCUGUUGUUGUCCUCGGUGGUCCCGCCAAUACCUAUGCCGUAAGUUUUGCGAGCUUCCUUCUUUUCAUAGUCACUGACAGUUCCCAGCACUACAUCGCCACCCCUGAAGAGUACGCUAUUCAGCGGUACGAGGGCGCAUCUACCCUCUUCGGACCCAAUACUCUCCCAGCCUACAUCAACCUCACCGUCUCCAACAUCGCCUACCUCUCCCCCUCCUCCACAUCCACACCCGCAGCAGGCCCCUCCCCUCCAGACAACCGCGCCAACUCUCUUUCCUUCAUCACUGGCGUUGUCGUAGACGGUGCGCCAGCAGGCCGCUCCUUCGGACAGGCCAUCGGGCAGCCUUCGUCGUCGUAUACUCGCGGCGCGGUAGUCAACGCCACAUUCCAAGCCGCGAACCCGCGGAAUAAUCUCAGACUCGAGGGGACGUACGCCGCGGUGGAGCAGCUGCAAAGCGGGAAAUGGGUGCAGAUUAGGACCGACGCGGAUUGGUUCCUCGCACUGGGCCAUUUCAAAUCCAAGCAGCCUAACAUGGAUUCCGAAGAGUCUGAAGAAUUUUACUCCUCGAUAAACGAUGGCCUCUGUGACGAGUGCUAUAAUGCUGUUGUUUUUUACGACGGCGGCGACGAAUUCUACGAGGGCACGAACCGUGACGAUGAGGCUACCCUGCGACAUUCUGAGGAGGGAGGCGAUAUCAUUGAACUGGAUUCUGAGCGCUAUUGGAAUGACACACUACCCGACUUGCCUAUGAUGGCUGAAUCCGCUGCUGCUGGGUGCCGUAUGUGUGGUUUCCUUCGGGAAGAGCUCAUACGACGAAACAUAAGCUACGAUGGCGAUGUCUACAUCGAUGCGUGUUCUGGAGGUGUUGCGUUUUUGCGAUUGAGGGAGGGCAUCAGGUCGCAGCUCUGA